GGAGGACUCUGUGGCCCAGCCCCUCUUCUCUGCAGCAGGCCGGCCUACUCACCAGUCUGAGCUGCUGCUGCUGAGGCUGGUGGCCUGAAGUUUCCGGGAGAGAGGGAAAGGCAGGUGGGAAGAGAGUGUCAAUGGGGGGGUCAUCCAGAGCCUUAGACCGACAGGGCAGUCUGAAGUCAAGGAGAAUCAUGGGGUCCAGGGCUGAGCUGUGCACUGUCUUAGGCGGACUCUCAUUCCUCCUCCUACUGAUGUCAGGCAAAGGGUCCAAGGGUGGAUCCCUCAAAGAGAGUCAGGGAGUCUGCUCCAAGCAGACAUUGGUGGUACCACUGCGUUACAACGAGUCCUAUAGCCAACCAGUGUAUAAGCCCUACCUUACCCUGUGUGCUGGAAGGCGCGUCUGCAGCAUGUACAGGACCACCUACCGUGUGGCGUGGCGGGAGGUGAGGCGGGAGGUGCAGCAGACACAUGCCGUGUGCUGCCAGGGCUGGAAGAAGCGUCAUCCAGGGGCGCUCACCUGUGAUGAAGCAAUCUGUGCUAAGCCCUGCGUGAACGGAGGCGUCUGCAUUCGGCCUGACCAGUGCGAAUGCGCCCCUGGCUGGGGUGGGAGGCACUGUCACGUGGAUGUGGAUGAAUGUAGAACUGGCGUCAUUCUCUGUUCUCACCGUUGUCUAAACACGGUGGGCAGCUUCGUCUGUGACUGCCCGCACGGCCUGGUGCUGGGCCCAGACAGGCGCACCUGCGCAGGGGGUUCCCGGGAGCCUCCAACUAGUGCCAGCAUCUUUAGUGUGACCGCUCAGGAAACAGAAGUGGAGCAGGAUGAGCGUGCCUUGAAGAGGGAGAUCCGUGAGCUGCGAGGGCGCUUGGAACGGCUGGAGCAGUGGGCCAGGUGGACCAGGGCCUGGGUCCCAGCGGUGCUGCCCAUGCCUCCCAAAGACCUGCAGCCGGAACAGGUGGCAGAGCUGUGGGGCUGGGGCGACAGGAUAGAGUCUCUCAGCGACCAGGUGCUGCUACUGGAGGAGAGGCUAGGUGCCUGCUCCUGUGAGGACAACAGCCUGGACCCAGUCCUCAGCGGGCAUCAGUGAGGACCUCUGCAGAACCCCUUGCCCCCUAAUUCAUACAGAAACUGGAACCACUCCAGUUCUUUGGGAUUCACCAGCGAGGGGGUGGGGGGUGGUGGUGGUAGAUAAGGUAAUUUGCUGCUUAGGAGCAAUGUCUUGGUGGGGCCCCCCUGAGUCUUCCAGCUGGCGCAGACUGCCUGGGAGCUGGGAACAGCUUCUUCAACUCCAAACACAGUAGUGUCCAGA